GCCUCCAUCGGGCAGCAGCUGAGGUCGCAGCCAUGGACCAAGCGUCGUCUUCCUCGACCAAGUCAGCCCACGGAGUCAGCUUGUCCGAAGACCACGACACCCGGGACCAGCUCCCUCAUCCCACCGGUGUCUUUCAGGUUGCAGAAAAGAUGGAAAAAAGGACAUGUGCACUUUGCCCCAAAGACAUCGAGUACAGUGUCCUAUACUUUGCACAAUCAGAGAAUAUAGCUGCUCACGAAAAUUGUUUGCUGUACUCUUCAGCACUUGUGGAAUGUGAGGAUACUGAUCCAUGUAAUAAAGACAGAAAUUUUGAUGUGGAAUCAGUAAAGAAAGAAAUCCAUAGAGGAAGGAAGUUGAAAUGUGCAUUUUGUAAAAAAGGAGGAGCCACCGUGGGAUGUGAUUUAAAAGCCUGUAACAAGAGUUACCACUUUUUCUGUGCCAAGAAUGACGACGCAGUUCUACAAACUGAUAAAUCUCAAGGAAUUUUUAAAGUGUUUUGCAAACAACAUGCUUCACUGAACAACGCUCAUAAUGACCUACUCCCAGGAAAUUCUCUGGCUGGAAUCUUACAUCCUCACUACAAUCAGAGGGCCAAACGAGGACGUGGAGUGAAAAGAAAAAGAGGAAGGAAGAAACGUCUCUCAACAGACAUUCAUGUACAGCUACCUGAAACGUUGCUAUUAGACAGAGUCAUAAAACAAAUGAAGGACGAGGAUGGCAGACACACAGAUGCAACUGUGAAGAUUGACUUUCUUAAGAAAUGUAAGGAAGUGGGGCUUCUUAAUGAUUUAUUUGAAGAAAUAGUAGACAAACUUCACUUGAUUCAGGAAAGACUCCUGGGUGACACUGCUUCUGAUUCAGACUAUGAAGAAAUCGGGACUUCACUUUUUGACUGUAAAUUGUUUGAAGACACAUUUGUCAAUUUUCAAGCAACAAUACAGAAAAAAAUCCAUCAAUUUGAAGAAAGGCAGCAGCAACUGAAGGAAGAGAUUGAGGUACUUCAGGACUUAAACAAAACCAUGUACUUUCUUCAAGAAGAUAGAGAAGUGAAGUCAAGUUCUACUUCAGUAUCUUCUGUGUCUUCUAAGGAUUACCAUUCCCUAAACCAGGAAUGAGGCUCAGUUGCAAGCAGGCUGCAAACUGAAGGCCUGACCUGUGGAAGCCACACAUCUUUAGAACUAAGCCUCUCUUGUCUCUCUUCAGUCCUCAUCAACUCUUACCUGUCCUUGCUGAUCAACAUUUCAUUUGAUCCUGCCUCUUAUCAUCUCACUUCUGCUCUCCAGUAAAAUGUUUCUGAGAUUCUGCUUGAGUAAACUGGAUCAUACCUCCCAUCUCCCUCCCUCUGCACUGAAAAUCCUCUGGCAGCUUCGUGCUGGUGUAUCCUCACCCCCCUCAAUCCCCUCCUCUGUUCCCCCACUCCAGUGAUCAACGUUGAUUCUAGUAACACACAAGGUGCUCCUGGAAUAUAGGCUCCCCAGGGCUUUUGCUCAUCUUGCUGUGAAGCCUUAACUGCUUUUACCUUUCUCUGCCUGUUUCUCCUGCAGAUCUCAUUAUACCAUUAUAUCAUUCCAUUGGAGUACUUUUCCUUCCCUUCACUUCCCAGUGUAACCCACUGUAUCUUGUAUCUCUCCAUUAUCGUACCCUGAGGGCAAAAACUCACUAUUCCUGUGUGUUAUUCCCAAUACAUUCCCAGCACCUAGCAUGCUCAAUAAAUGUUGAAUAAAUGCAUAAACUGUUCUUAUCCUUUGAGACUAGUUCCAGUUUAUAAUGACAGAUAUAAUAAAUUUGAAUAUUUUUACUCCA